AUGAGUAAAUCACCGCUCCUAGCUGUGAUGCUGAUUGUAUCGACAGUGCGUGGCACGAACAUUGCCUUUCAUUGGCCGCCCAGUCUGCGAAACUCAAGGCACCUCGAUCAGGUGCACGAUGGUAGACCUAUGGCGCAUGAUGAUGACGAUGAAUCAAACUCUCUUAGUGACGAUUACUCUGAUGAUUGCAAUUCUACGUCUUCAGAGGAUAGCUUCAAUGAAGACGCAGCAAGAAUUGGGUAUGAAGAAGAGGAGCGCUUGCCGCGCAGCUCAGCAGGAUCACGUUUUGUGCGCGACUCUUCCUUUUCAGCCAUGGGCCGUAUGCGAUCCACAGCCGGAUCAUCACGCGCUCGCUCACAAACUCGGCCUCGGACCACCGCAUCUCCCGACGCGCGUGAAAAUUCAGGACGCAGUCGAAGUAGGUCUCGUGCUCCGCCACCGUACGCAUUCCCAUCUCCGAGUCACACCGCGUCCAAUCCAAAACAUGAGCAUGGAUACCACUUUGCUUCAUUUGCUGGCUUUGAACUCGGCAUGCUCGCAUCUAUACUCAUACCAAGGACCCAACAAUGUCACCAACGCUUCGAGAUGACCAUCGACGACCUCACAUUUUUAGGCCAUCCCGUCGCUGAAGAGCAUCAGCCGUCUCAUGCAAAGCACGCCGAAACCAGCAUAUUCAAUCUUGUGUUUGUGUUUGAUCGUCUCAACAUGUUUCCAUCUAUACGCUUUGUCGAAACUCAACACUGGCUGCAACUCUAUUACACAAUUAUAUUCAAGCUUACAGCGGUACUUGCGAUGGAAGAAGCGCGCGCCAAGUAUGUCUCAGAAGAAUCGUACAAACUCAUUCAAAUUCGUGAAGACGCGUUGCAGGAAGGAUCUAGUAUUGAAGAAUGUACUAAAUUUUGCUUAGAAGAGUCGACUCUUGCUACAAUUCUCCGUGAUGUGUAUCGCUGCGUGAAGAAGAAUCAUGACUUGGAAGUGAACAUCAAUAAUCGAUUUCGUAUGAUUCUGAAAAUACCACCACUUUUACAGCAAUCUAACAAAGCUAUCAAAGCCACCGAACUUCAGCCUGUGUACGACAUACAUGACAACAUCAUUCUGCGCGGAGAUCAGCCGGAACCAUUUGACUCGACACCACUCCCCUUGUAUCAAAACGCUCCAUUGAGGUCUGUUUUGCAGGAGUGGUCCCAAUCCACUGGACCCUUUCUUCUUCCAUGGAAAACUCUCUUGCUACCGGAGGAUGUAUUCGAUCCGGUUCUUUCUCGUUAUACAAAGAGUGAAAUCCAAAACCUCGUGAACAUGUUUGAUCCAUCGCCCUCCGGAUUCAAGACGUUCGCGGAAACUGCAGAUCUUUUGCAGUGGGACUUGUACAAAAAUGUAUAUCCACUGAUACGUCAUCUCAUUUAUUACAAGAGUGCUCAAGUCAUUGAUGUACCGCGUUUGCAAAACUUGUACACUAUACAUCCCCUGUUCGAUGCUGAAGAUCUGCCAACUCUGAAUGACAAAUGGCAGCAGAAGUUUCCACGCAUGGUGCCUCUUAACAAGUUUGUUACGGCUCUUUCUUCCAGUCUACGCCCGUUUGCGUCACAUUGCCGGGCAUUAGGCGCGGGCUCUGCCGCUUUUAAUAUGCUUGUAUGGCUCUUACGUGAAAAAGUCAUUGCACAAACACACGUCUACUUGCGCCUCUUCAUUACUGAGCGCGAUCAACUUCGAGCGGUGGAGCUAAGAAAGAACAGGCGUGAGCGACAGCUCCGCUUCCCGUCUCAUCACGCCGAUGUCACUAGUCCGGAGCGGCAGGCACCUUCAGAUCGUUCGCAUGCACGGGUCAAGCUCGAGACGCCGACAUCCUUCGUGCCGGAGUGGCCGACAAACAAUAAAACGUCUACCAUACAAAACCAGAAGAAUGUUCUUGCUAUGGAUGUUGAAGACGACCACGUGGACGAUUUGCUUCCUCAAGGCAAGCCAUGUCCUGUCAUGAUCCCUGAGCCGGCCCGGGCUAGCCGUACCGAGAGCGAGUGGAUAUCAGCUCUCUUACACGGACGUCACUCAUGGUACUCGUAUUGGCUCAUCAGACUUUUUCCAUAUAUGAACGGCAUGCAUAGUGUCGAUGAAAUGGUUGCCCGCGAGAAAAUUCGGCGCCGCGAUCUCAAGAGCCUCCUGACUGAAUUUGACGCCAACAUACUCCAUUUCUAUCACCCAUAG